CCCCUCCCCUCCCCUCCGACAGCCCCACCCCCAGCCUGGCCUCUGGGAACACGGAUCGCAGCCGCGGUGGACGCUCUAGCUGACCAUGGACGCUGAAGGCCUGGAGCUCCUGCUGCCCCCGACCACCCUGGCCGCCCUGGCGGACAGCUGGCUCCAGGAGGACUGUCCGGGCCUCAACUUCGCAGCUCUGGUGACCGGGGCAGGCCCCGCGCAGGCGGCACUGUGGGCCAAAUCCCCCGGGGUCCUGGCCGGACGGCCUUUCUUCGAUGCCAUCUUUGCCCGGCUCAACUGCCAGGUGUCCUGGCUCCUCCCGGAGGGCUCCAAGCUGGUCCCGGUGGUCAAGGUGGCCGAGGCGGUCCAGGCUGCUCGGCAGGUGACGGACUUCACCCUAAAGAUAGAAGUGGAAUGCAGCUGCUUACAGGAGGCCAUGCAGGCCGCUGAGGCAGGUGCGGACCUCCUCUUAUUGGACAACUUCAAGCCUGAGGAGCUUCACCCCACAGCUGCUGCAGUGAAGGCCCAGUUCCCAAGUGUGACUGUGGAAGCCAGUGGGGGUGUCACGCUGAACAACCUCCCCCAGUUCUGUGGGCCCCAGAUUGAUGUCAUCUCUCUGGGGAUGCUAACCCAGGCUGCCCCUGCCCUCGAUUUCUCCCUCAAGCUGUUUGCCGAAGGGACCACUCCAGUGCCCUACCCCUGUCGAUCUUGAAGUCCUGAUUGGCUGGACACAUCUUUAGUGUAACCUGCCAGGCCUGACUUCACCUUUGUUCACCUCAGUUUCCUCAUCUGUAAAAUGGGUCUAAUAAACUCAACCUGAUGGGCUUUAUUAUGGUAA